AUGAACGUAGUGCCCGAUGUCAUAGAACGCCGAAUAGCCGUACUUGCUGUUCCGCUAGCCUCUGAGAUAGAUGCGUUCAAGCAUACUAGCAUAGCCAAGAGGAUCCAUGCAUGGACAUGGCAAUCCUUCCCUAUCGGUAUGGGAACCGCUGCCGUCUACGUCUGCCUUUGCAAUCUACACCAUCAGUCGCAUAACGUGCGCGAUAUCGCUAGGGUGAUCUAUUAUAUCACAAUCGCAAUGUUCCUUUUCAACGUCCUCGCAUUAUUCUUCCAAUUAAUUCUAUACCCUGAACACUUCAAGAAGCUGAUAUUCGAUCCUGUGAUGGGAGUUUUCGUCCCCAUGUUCUGUUUGUCCUUGGGAACUAUCGUGAUCGGCACGGUGAAUUUCGCUGUCCCCGAUGGUGUAGUCUCAAGCGAGUUUGCCUACCGUCUAUACUGGGUCUACAUCGCAUUGGCUUUAAUAGUGACAUUUGGAAUGACCCUUUUAUGGUUCGAUGAAGGACACAAGUUGGCAGAAUUCACUCCCGCCGAUGCUUUCCUCAUCUUUCCGCUAAUGCUCGGUGGCCUUAUCGGAGCCAACGUGCUUUCAGUCCUAGACCCAAAAGAUGAAAGAGCUUUAGGAAUCCUGUUCGCCAGUUUAUUCUUCCAAGGUUUAGGUUUCUUAAUGGCGAUGUUUUUCAUUGCGCUGUAUAUUAUCAAGAUCUUUCUGGACGGUCUUCUAUCGGGCGCACGGGCCAAUGCCGCAUUCGUUGUCUGUGGACCACCGGGAUUCACGGCUGCAGCCCUUAUCGUCCUUGGCUCACAUGCUCGUACUCUUUUGCCAAAUUUUGGCUUGAUCUCACCGAUCGCAGGUGAGGUGUGGUAUGCUAUCGGCCUGUUCGAAGGGAUCAUGCUUCUCGGUCUUGCGGUGUUUUUCUUCAUCUUUUCGUCGUUGCCAUACUGGUUCAAAUUGGAGAAGGACCUUCAUCAAAUACUUGGAUGCUGGGCUCUCACAUUCCCCAAUGUUGGAUGGAUCACUGCUGUCAAGCUACUCGGGGACCACCUGCAUAUUCCCGGAUUUUAUAUCGUGCAUGAUGUUCUGACCACUGCAAUGUGUCUCACCUGGGUUGUGUUGGUCGUUUGCACAAGCAUCGCAUUCAUGCGACACGAGAUCUUUUUCGAGCAAGAUCCACUCCCAUCCAAGAGCACAGCAGGUGAAGCUUCAGCUUUGAAGGCGCAGCGUUUACUCGUACGAGAUGCCACGCAGGAGCAGGAGCAGGAGGAGCAGGAGGAGAAUGCGCCUGCUAGCAACGGCAAGGUUGACCUGGUGAAGAAGGAACAUGGUAAACGUGGAGUUGAGCCACUCGAAGGGACGCGGCGGAAUCAAUUUUACGAUCUUGAAGCUGGAUCGACGGAGACCACAGCUCACGAGAGGGUAACUACCAGUCUCUAUCAGAGGACACUCGUCAAGGGGGGCGCCGAACCAGGGGUCAGGGACCUAAAGUAGAUUGUUAUUGCCACUGAGCUGACAGAGAAAACUAAAUUUUGGGCCAUAUUGCUGCAUGUUCUGAUACCUUUGCAAUUCUCUCUCUUCUCCUUUUUUUACUCAACGCAGCGUUUGACGCUUUACAUCAAUUUUAUGCAGAGGGCAGAGAGUGAGGAGUAUAUUCGUAUUACCUGUGUUUUAAACCGGUCUGAGUACCGUCGUUGUAGAAAUUCAAGUCAAUUAUCGUUUGUGAAAA